AUGCUAUUGUGUGUAAUUUUAACCCUUAUUUACAUCGUAGCUUGUGGACACGGUUUGAAGACAGAAACCACGGAAGUAUGGGCAGGAGACGGUCCCCAUGGUCGUUCAGAUCGAUCAGUCAAAGAAAACCCGUUCUCUUGGACUAUGCGGGUGAGAGCCGUGAAUCAAGAACGUCAUAUUGUGUACACUAAAAAAGACGCCUCACUGGAGGAGAUCCUUCCGGAGAAGAAGGACACAGGAGAGGGAGAAGCGCCAAGCGAAAAUGAUUUUAUCGUUGCCAAACUGCUUGCGCCAAUUAGUGCCACGAAAAGCUCGACUGAUGACACCAUUGAAGCAUCCGCUUCUGACGUUGAUGACGAGGAUUAUGCAAAAUCCUCAACUGUGAUCGGAGCGGAAGUCACAGUCAAUGCAACAGAAGGACCCGAAGAAGCAUCUGGAACCACGCCAGAAGAAAUGAUUAUGGCUGAACUCUUAGACACAUCUGGAAGAGUAGGACCAAUAACAGAUGAUCUUCCGACCGCCACAGCCACUGCCACAUCCGGACGUGGAGCACGACGAAUCGACACCGGUUUGCUCGAAAAGGAGCUUAUGAUCAGAACACCGAACGUGGAUCUUGUAGAUCUUCGCAAAAAACUCAAUGAUAGUGCACACCUGGAGGAGAUGAAAGGCGAUAAUCAUCGGGAUUAUGGCAGCAGUUACAUUCUGCCCGUUCUGCUGAGCGUUGACUAUGAUAACAACACGGUGCCGACGGCAUUUUCAGAUAUCCCCGUCUUGGUCUCUGUCCAGAUGAACAUUCUCUAUUUGGCAAACUUCGACAGCGAGCUCAUGGAAUAUUCGAUUGAUGUGGAAUUGGAGAUGAGUUGGUAUGACUUGAGG